CCACCUCGCUUCGUCCCAGACUGUUGUCAUAAGCGUAAGUGUUGCGAUAGAUUCCCUACUGCCUUGCGUGCAUCCGAUGUCUUACAUGGGAGCUAGAUCCUGGUAAAAUCCGAGGUCGAAAGAGGUGCACUUUACAUCGAGCGCUAGAGCGCUAGAAACAAGAAUCCUGAACGUCGAAACUGUUGGGGAAAUUGAGAACCGGGGCUCUUUCGAUCGAAAGUUACUGCCGCUAAAAACUCAAGAGUCGGGCAAAUGAUUUGACCCAGCCGAAGAGAGUGGAAUUUCUCGACAUGAUCAGCCCGGGGAAAAUCUCUCUGUAAAUCGUGGCGCGUGACAAGCGAGGGAUUUGUUUUGUUGUUCUAAGAAGGCUUUCGAUCGAGAAGUUGGCUCUUGCUGAAUCGAGGCUGUAUUCGGCCGAGUUGGCUUCUGAUGUUUUGGAAGCUAUCUCUGCUGGAGCAAUGUCGCCACACUAAACUGCAUGCUGCAGGUGCGAGUGGGAUCUCCGAACAUCAACACGCUGUAGCAACAUUCGCAGGGACGAAGUCCGAGCAGCACACCACAACUGUUUCAAUUCAUGCUCGAAGAAGAUUCCGCCACACACUCUCACAGUGCACACGGCCGAGCUGUCCAAUCCUUUCUGCGCCACAAUUUCGAGCCUCGUCUUCCGAUUCUGGCUGCACCUUCGGCCUCUUGGAAACCUCCGUCUCCUCGCAAAUCGAUGGUGCGAGUCUCGGACCCAUCGACAGCAAUGAUUCAGAACGAGGAAUGAGGAUCGAGACCACGGAGGCCACGCCACGGCAACAGUGACGCCGGUGCCGCUGCCAACUCAUCCACAGACCACUUUGCCAACUCAUCCAUCCCUAUGACCGCGGGAGCUGCCCCGAUGGAGCUAGCUGUCGUUCAUCGGACAAGGAAGCGGCCGGUCACCUCGUCGUCAUCUGACAUGGCUGCUGACUCAAGAAAGGUCCAAAGCCAAGUAGGCAAAUUAUAGGAUGGCAGGAGCUCCCAUCGAGCCGUACAUGGAUGACAUCCCGAGGGCCAUCGCGCGGAUGUACAUGUCCUGACUUCCGUGUUCACCACGUCACCGCGUCCAGUUCAGCCGCUACCGUGAGUCGCAUUGUACAAAUUAGCACGUUUAUGUUACUCUUCGCUGCUGGACUCAGUUCUUCUUGUACGGAUUGGGAGUUGCAGUUAAAGAUGGGUCCUUCUUUGCUCCUCGGUCAUUCAGGCCUCAAUGUUGAAUAAUGCGGUCGAUUUAUUAUUUGGCAUUCGAAUAUUUUAACAACCUUUGCUUGCUACUGCAAAAGAAUUUUCAGUUGCGGCAAAGCUGUUUUACUUAUGAAGUGGAUGCAUGGAUCUCCAGGGUUGAAACCAUAAGCGGUUUUAAGUUGGGGAUUGUUAAAUUCACCCCUGUCGCCCAGAAGUUGUUAUGGCAACAAUGCAUUUCGACUUAAAUGUCAAUGAGAUGCAAACUAUCAAGUUGUACCUUCUAAAUUUAAUCAUGAUCAACUCCAAGCGCAUAUCUAAAUAUCUAAUAACCUGUAUUACUAUUUCCUGGGCCAAACACCGU